CUGUGACGUCGUCGCGGAAACGGUCCUCUCAAGACAAGGAGCCAAUACAGAUUCUUACUGAAAAAUAGUUGAUUUAUUUUAUUUUUUAUUUAACUAGGCAAGUCAGUUAAGAACACAUUCAUAUUUACAAUGACGGCCUAGGAACAGUGGCAGAACGACACAUUGUUACCUUGUCAGCUCGGGGAUUCGAUAUGCAACCUUUCGGUUACUGGCCCAACGCUCUAAUCACUAGGCUACCAAGCGCCCAAACUGAAAAACAGUUGGCAACAUUGGGUACAAUACGAGGAGUGGUUGAUGGUGGAGGAGUUAAACCUGUUGCGUCUCUGUGCUAUCAAGACGAGGAGGGAGGUCAUCUUGAGGGCAAAGGAUUGCACUCCAAGGGAUUAACAGAUACUCUGAAUGAUGAUUAAGAAUCACGAAGAAGAUGAGUUUGUUGCUGUGCGGGUCCAAGAUCCUCGGGUUCAGAAUGACGGGUCUUGGAAUUCGUACGUAGAUUUCAAGAUAUUCCUACACACCAACAGCAAGGCCUUCACGGCCAAGACGUCAUGUGUGCGCCGGCGCUACAGUGAGUUUGUCUGGCUCAAGAAGAGGAUGCAGAAGAACACUGGCUUGGUACCUGUCCCAGACCUUCCCAGCAAGCCCUUCUUCUCCUCUGGUGGUGAGGACUUCCUGGAGAAGAGGAGGAAAGGCCUGCAGUCCUUUCUGGACAAAGUGUGUAGCAUGACAGUGUGUCUGUCAGAUAGCCAGCUCCACCUCUUCCUGCAAACCCAACUGCCAGUUGGUCACAUCCUGGACUGUGUGCAGGGCCACACCCCCUACACUGUGACAGAGGCCAUCCUCACCUACAGCUCAUACAAUCAGGGCCGGGUUUCAGAAGAGGACUCAGCCCAGGACCCGAGUCUUACUCCAGUUCCUUAUGAGUCCAUGGAGAGCUAUGCUCCUCAUCUACCUACCCUGCAAUGUGAAGAGCCCCUCACCCCUGUGAACCUCACCUCCAGUGAGCCAGAGGGCCUACGGACUGAGAAGUUCCUAGCUGACCCCCAUGACAUAGACGCUGUAGAGUUACAGCUCAGUGAGACCCCUUCCUCAGAGGUCACCCAAGAGGACCAUGAUGUAUUCCAGGUAGAGGCCGUCCUGGGGACACACAGCCCAGUGGAGACUAUCUUUAUGUGGGACGGCCAUGAAGAAUCUACCCCAGAAAGGCUCGACCAUGAGGAGGUGAUCCACCACCAAGGGGAUUGUCAACAGCUGACAGUUGUGGAAGCGCACUGUGAAAAGGACACCGGCUUGGAGGAGGAGUGUGUAACAGAGGUGAAGAAUGAGAGGGUCAUUGAGGAGACCCAUAUAGACACGACUACACAGACAAUCCCUCCCAAACAGAGUAGCCCAGAGCUAGACAUCCAUGAGGAAACUUCUCAAGAUUGCCUAAAGGUGACAGUUCUAGAGGACCUUAACCCUGCGGAGGAAGCUCAAGAAAGAACCUCAGAAGGGGACAGCGACCGCGACAAAGACACAGUAACAGCCAUUGAGCUGGACAGCCAAUGACACACGGAUGAGAUCAACUCCCACAUAGAGAUCAGCCGAGAGGUGGAAAGUGUUGAUGACUCAACCCAAGAGGUAGAAAAUUGUGACGUUGCAACCCAAAAGGUAGAAGUCGAUGACUCAUCUCGAGGUGGAAAGUGUUGAUGACUCAACCCAAGAGAAGACUCCCUUGGACAUUCAACAAGUAGAUAAUCAGCUGGACACAACAGAAGAGGUUGAGAGUGACGAGGAAAUUAAUGGAGAGGACGGGGAGAGUCUUGGGAAUGGGGAGACUACAACAUCCGAUGGGAGUAAUAAGGAGAGCGACAACAAGGACACGAGACAAAUGGCUACAUGGAGUCAGCUCCUGAGAAGGGACAUCACAAAACAGACCGCACAGAAACAGACGUCCGCAACAACAGCCCGAAACGAACCAAGAUCCCUCACAUGAAGAAACAACACCUGAGGUACCCGAUGGUGUCAAAGUCGGAGAGGGAAUUAGUCUGUUUAACUCAACCGACUGUGUUGCCCCAAUGGCAUUAAUGUGGCAAAUAAUUUGGCAGUUAAUUCACAUGCCUUCUGAAUGCUGUGGGAUCCAGAACUGUGACGCUGUUAAAACGUGAUUAUGACUUUGGAGUGGGUGAAAGUUACUCAAGACACUUACAACUUAUCAUGCAAUCAACUUUGACUGUGUUUUAUUCGUAACUUCUGUGGGGAAAAAGUGUCAUCCUGCAUGCGUUCCCUUAGGCAUUCUGUGUUGCUGUUGUGGGGCGGUUUCUGGGUUCAGCUUGAACAAACGGGGGUGAGUGUCGUUCCACCUAAAAGCACAAGAAUUGUACUGAAAUUAUUUCUGUAGUUAGAAACAGAAGUUUUAUUCCUGAAACAUUAUUUUGUGGAAAUAUAAUUUGAUCUCUGAGAAAUAAAUACAGUACCUAACAUCCUAUUUGAACCAUCAUUCUUCCUGACAAAUGAGUAAGACGUGAUCCAAAUCCACCCAUGGACCCCCCCACACUACACCAAUCCCACCCCAAUAACCAGUAUACAGUAUCAGUUUGCUAUGUCUGACAUGGAGCUGCGCCUUGUAGUAUUGCUUUUUCUUAUUAUGUAAUGUUGCUGUUCCUGCUACUGCCACACCAUGUCAUCAGUUUGGCUAGUCUCUUGUGUUUAUUAAAUGGAUUGCAACCAAAAGCUUUUGCUCAUGAUCAUCCUCACAAUUUAAGCCAGUCCUUCAGUUUGUCCUUCUCUUGGGCUUAAUCUGUGUCCAGGAAAUGAACCAUGUGUGUGGUUUAUUCCCUUCAGAAAAGGUCUGGAUUAGUUAGGUCAUUCCUGUUGAAAAAGCAAACCAUCAGGCUACAGCAGUUCUAAUGGUUUCAAUGUUAUGGUCUUCAAUGGUAAAAGUCCCAAACACACUGUACAGUGUUUUGCAAUGUUGGGGAUGUUUGUUCUCAUAUUCAGCAUUUUAACAGUGCAUUAGUUUAUUUAAGUGGCAUAGCAGUUGUUUGAAGUACCCCUUUUAUGUUAUGUAGAUGAUUACCAGACUUUUUUUUUCACUUAGGUAGUUCAUACAAGGGGGCAAUAUACGAGGGCACUGUAGUUUCUUCCCCCACCUGUACUUUGCAUCUAGUCUAUUUUAGCGCAUGACAUUUACAGACAUUUAUAUUACCAGCACCUCGCCUAAAUAGGUGUUUCUUUCGCUUCCAGACAUUUAUAUUGCCAUAGACUUUCAUAUGCACAGUCAAACAAGUUCUUAUGUACAUUUUAUUGUGGAAUAUAAAUAUCUAAUAAAAAACGUUUUCUUAUUGCAAA